GGUAUUAUUGUACAGUGCGAAUGAUUUGACUGAACUGAGGUCGUACUAACUGGUUCGCUUGUUGUUCGUGCGCGAUUAGAGUAAUUUAUAAUGGCACAGUUUGGAAAAUUGGUGAUGCUCGCAGUUUUGUGCUUUAUUGGUGAAUCAGUACUUGGAGCUCCUACUAAAGGCAGGUACAUGUGGCUGAGGUGUCGUCCAGAUAGCAAGAAUCCAAAUUGUAUGGAAGAGAAGGGUCCCAUGAUUAACCUGGAUAAAUACCCAGACACCCCAAAACGUCUUCCAUCAAGUGCGGUCCAAGAAAUACUGCCAAAUGAGACUGGCCUGGAACCAGACGAGCAGUCAGGCGACAAUACCGAGGCUGGAAAGCACAUUCCUGACUUCCUGGACCGUGGCUCCGGUGACCAGUUGCUUAUGGACAGCCUGAUGCAGAGACAAGAGGAGAGCUCAGGGAUGGAGGAGGGAAGCUCCGACUUCGAUUACACCAACUUCGUCCUCCCAGAAAGAAUGCCCUAUUAUGAGGAAUAUGAAAACAAUAUGAUACAGUAAUUUGCUUGAAAAUACCAGCCAGGUUGUUGUUUUUUUUUCUGUCUGUUAUGGUCAUCUAUAAAUUUCAGCAAAAAAAGCAAAGAAUCCCUCAGGAGCAGAUGUCAUGUUUAAAUGGUUUCAUCCCAGUUCAUCUUGUUUUGAUACCAGUUACCAUAAGCCUGUGACUCACCAGUGUGCUUUUUUACUGAGGCACACAUAGGUUUGCAUAUAUUAUGCCCAAUGUACAGUAUCUCCAUAAUAUGUGUAUUUUUAGACUAGGCAUCUCGCAGUGCCUUUUUACUUUAUCUUUAUCUUAGUCCCCUAUAAUUAUGGCCAUAUGUUAUUGUAUUUAACGAAACACGCACUUUCCUGCAAACCAAAAUGAGAUAACUUUAACUCAUUAGUUUAUUACACAACUGUAUGCCUUAAUUUGGGUGUUCAUCUUUUGCUUGCGGUUUUUAUUGCAGUUAUCUUUAUUUUUCAUUUCUUGUUGUUUAUUUUGUUUUGAGGUUACACCUUAUAAUCUAAAUCAUCAUUGAGUUUAUAUUUACACUUAAAUAUUGUUACUUACUGCCAAUGUCAGUAACAAAUGAGUAUCUUGGUUUCAGACUUAAUGCAUUGAACGUUGCACAUUGUUGACAGACUGUCACGGGAUAUCCCUGUCAAGUUUAUUUGGAAGAAGACAACUAUGCAGUAAAAGAACAGUGUAAAACUAAGGCACUUUAAAGAUAAUUGUUGUAUUGCUAGAAAAGUAGUUUGAUUUGACUGGAAUGUACAUGGUUUACUUACAUGUCAUUUUAUUUCCCCACUCUGAUGAGCCAUAGAAUCUAAUAAAUUGUGUCGACAGA